CAAUUCCACAUUGGGAUCACUAGAUUGUAACAACAGCACGAAAUAAUAAUAGUUAAAAAAAAAAAGGGAAAAGAGAAAGUUUAAAGAAAAUAAAUUUUUACAAGUUUUCCAGAUUAGGGUUUCGUUCUCGAAGAUGUUCAUUCCAGUUCAAUUUCACUGCGACAUGUUUCUGGUUUCAAUUUUGGUACGAAACUGAAAAAGGGAUAACAAAGUAGAGAGAGAAAUGGAGGAAGGGGAUCAGAUGGAGCAGUUUCAUCGCAACGAAGCGAUCUCAGCCGUUGCUGAUGACGGGUUUCUCGGAGAAGAGGAUGACGAUUUUGAUGAUCUGUAUGAUGAUGUUAAUGUCGGUGAAGGAUUUCUUCAAAGUUUGAAAAAAAAGGAGGACGGUUUGGGGCCUGAAAUUGAUGAUGAUAAUAAUAAUAAUAAUAAUAAUAAUAAUAACAGGAGUAAUAACAACCGUAAUGAUGAGGAGAAGAAACUAGACUCAGCGCCUAAUUUGGUGGGUACUGUUGGUGAGAGUAGUAAUACUAGUUUGCCUAGGGUUUCUGUGGGAAAUUUUGGGGAUAGAAAUAAUGAUAGUAAGCAGAAUUUAGGGUUUAGUGGGCCUGGUGGGAUGGGUGGGCGGAGUGGUGGAGGAGGACUUAGGGUUGAGUUAGGGUCAAAUAAGGUGGUGAGUGAAGCUGAAGAGCAAGUUUUAAAUAAUAACAAUGUUAAUAGUGGCAAUAAUACUGGAGAUGGUGUUGGUAUUGCUGGUAGUGGUGGUGUUCAAGGGAAUAUUGGACAGCAAAGUCAUGCUGGCGCUGUUGGUGGCAGUGCUAUGGGGAAUGAGGUUAUGAUGAGACAAGGAGGUGGGGUAGUUGUUGGUGGUGGUAACAGUCAUAACAUUGUUGGUGGUGGAGGUGGCGGUGGGACAAUUUUAUUUGUGGGAGAUUUGCAUUGGUGGAUGACUGAUGCUGAGUUGGAAGCAGAGUUGACCAAGUAUGGGCAGGUAAAGGAGGUGAAGUUUUUUGAUGAGAAGGCUAGUGGGAAAUCAAAGGGGUAUUGUCAAGUUGAGUUUUAUGACCCAGUUGCAGCCACUGCUUGUAAAGAGAAUAUGAACGGACAUGUAUUUAAUGGGCGACCGUGUGUGGUAGCAUAUGCAUCACCAUUCAGUGUUAAGAAGAUGGGGGAGGCUCAAGUUAAUAGGAAUCAGCAAAUGUCACAAGCUAACAUUGGGCAAAGUAGGAGGGGAGCAAAUGACGGAGGGGGUAAGGCUGGAGGAAAUAAUAUUGCAACUGGUGGGAAUUAUCAAGGUGGGGACAAUAAUAGAGGCGGCCAUGGAAGAGGGAAUUGGGGAAGAGGCAAUAUGCAAGGGAUGGGGAAUAGAGGGCCAGCUGGUCCAAUGAGGAAUAGGGGACCUGGUGCAGUAGGUGGAAGAGGUAUGAUGGGGAAUGGUGGCAAUGGAUUUGGGCAAGGCAUUGGUGGGGCCCCUCCUUUUAUGAAUCCUCAGUCAAUGGGAUUUGAUCCAAUGUUCGGUGCACCUAUGGGUAGGAUGGGCAGUUAUGGGGGUUUCCCCGGUGCUCCGGCCCCUCCGUUUUCAGGGGUUUUAUCUUCCUUUCCACCUGUAGGAGGUAUUGGAUUGCCUGGUGUAGCUCCACAUCUGAAUCCAGCGUUUUUUAAUGGUCGGAUGCCAAUGAAUGGGAUGGGUGGUAUGAUGCCUACAAGUGGUGUUGAGGGGCCUAAUAUGGGAAUGUGGUCGGAUCCUGCUAUGGGAGGAUGGGGUGGAGAGGAGCAUGGUGGUGGAAGAGCUGGAGAGUCUAGUUACGGUGAGGAAGCUGCUUCCGAUCAGCAAUAUGGUGAGGUGAGUCAUGAGAGAGGAGGUUGGCAGAAUUCCCUGAAGGAAAAGGAUCGAGCUUCAGAAAGGGACUGGUCUGAUUCCUCUGAGAAAAGGUAUCGUGAUGACAAGGAACCUGGGUAUGAAAGGGACAUGCCUAGAAAAAAAGAUGUUGGGUAUGAUCAUGAAUGGGCUGAGAGAAGGCAUCGUGAGGACAGGGAUGUUGGCCGAGACAGGGACAAAGAGCGUGAUAGAGACCGUGAACGUUCCAGAGAUCGUGACCGUGAUAGGGAGAGAAAUCGAGAAAGGGAACGUGAUCGGUUUAGGGAGGAAAGAGAAAGAUACCCAGAUCAUCAUAGGUAUAGAGACCGUGAAACAGAGCAUGAUGAUGAAUGGGACUGGGGGCGGUCAUCAAGGCACAGUAAGUCACGGUUGUCUCAAGAGGAUGAACAUCGCUCAAGAUCAAGGGAUCCUGAUUAUGGGAGGAGACGACGGCUUACUUCUGAAUAACUGAGUCUACUGCUUAUUAGUUUGUGAACCACAUUUCAUUUUCAACAAAAACCAGAAGACAGCUGAACUUUUGAUUUUUCAUGCUUAUCCAGACUCUCUUUCAACUGGUAUUUUGGGUCCUUAUUUGCUGAACAAUCAUUCUCAGUUUAUUGCCUGCAAAUUCUCAAUUGCUUCAUUUCACCAGGAGUAUGGUUUCAUGACCGCAUGAAAGAACUUGAAGGAUGUAUGAUCUUGAGAAAUGAAGCUGUUCAGCAGAACCGUGUUUCUUUUCAGAUAAGGAGGACCUCAUGACUUAUUGCCAACAUUGAUGUUGAAGACAAAACUUCUGCUUUUUAGUCUUUAUCUUCUAUUCACUUUUAUGUUUUAGUUUAUGGACAUUUGAUCAGAUCAAUGUUGUGGAUGAUGGCUUGAACUUCUUGUUGUCUGGAUGUGGUCGAUUGCUUCAGAACUCAACUGUUUGAAUGUAAUGUAAUAGGAUUUAGCCCAGAAAUGUUUCUCAUGUGCCUGCUCAACUUGGUUGGUUGGCUAGCUGUUGUAUCAUUAUUUCAACCCCAUUUUAGUUUCUGAUUAUACCACAAUGUUGUUCAUGUGAAUUUUUGUGAAAGGGGAUGUAGGAAGUCUGAUCACUGGAUUAAUGCAGUACCUUUAGCCUUAGAACUGUACACUAUGAUCUUGUAUAUAUUGAAAAUCAAUCACACGAAUUGUUAUACUCUGCA